CUGACCGCUGUCAUGUGACUGAGUUAACAACAUGGCUGCCGAGGAUCUCCCAUCUGAAUUUGACGUCGUCAUUCUGGGCACAGGUCUCGUUGAGUCGGUGGUCGCUGCAGCCUGUUCCAGAGUCGGACAGCGAGUUCUUCAUGUCGACAGGAGAAGUUACUAUGCAGCCAACUGGGCCAGCUUCACCUUCAACAGCCUGCUCACCUGGAUACAACAACACCAUGAGGAGUCUCAGUCCGAGUCGGUCCAGGAUUGGUCGAGCCUGUUGGAGGAAGGGGAAGAGCUGAUCUAUCUGUGUAACUCUGACUCCACCUCCGUCACUAACCUGCAGGUGUUCUGUUUCACCAGUGAAGAAGACGAGGAAGAGGAGGAAGCUCCUGAUCCUUCAGACACCACAGAAGAAGAAGAAGCAGCAGCAGCUGAGGAUGCUGUUGAAGAAACAGGAUCUUCAG